AUGGCUCCUAUCAUCCUAAAAAAUAUUUACACCAUCGUACCCUCUGAACCUACAUGGACCGGUUGUUUUCCAUUAGCCGAAUGGGAUCUAGUUGGUACAAUAACUCACGUUCCUACCGUUUACUUUUACAACAAGCCAUCUGAACUGUUCCAGGGCGAUGUAGUCGAAACCCUAAGAAACUCAUUGAGCCGUGCACUUUUUCACUUCUACCCUAUGGCCGGUCGUCUUAGGUGGCUCCCUCGGGGCCGGUUAGAGCUCGAUUGUAACGCCGAGGGAGUGUCAUUAAUGGAAGCCGAGUCCGAGGCAAAACUUUCAGAUUUCAACGAUUUCUCUCCAACGCCAGAAUUUGAGAAGCUUGUUCCGCAAGUAAACUACAAACACCCUAUUGAAACUAUCCCUCUCUUCUUAGCUCAGGUCACCAGAUUUAAAUGCGGCGGAAUAAGCCUCGGCGUCAGCAUUUCACACGCCGUGGUCGAUGGACAAAGCGCGUUUCACUUCUUGUCGGAAUGGGGAAGAAUCGCUCGCGGGGAACCUCUUGAAACCAUUCCAAUUCUCGACCGCAAAGUCCUCUGGACUGGUGAACCGCUUCCGCCGUUUGCCUCGUCACCUGAGUGCGACCGCAAAGGGUUUGAACAGCCGCCGUUUCUGGUCGGAGAAACGGACAAUGUAGAAGAAAGAAAAAAGAAAACAACUGUAGAGAUAAUAAAACUGAGCAAAUCUCUUCUUGAGAAGCUUAGAAAUAGAGUGAAUACAAGCGAAUACGCUGAUCCAGCGAGAGGGUUUACAAGGUACGAGACGGUCGCGGGACACGUGUGGAGGUGCGCGUCUAAAGCACGUGGGCACUCACCAGAGCAACCCACGUCUCUGGGAAUCUGUGUAGAUACUCGUAGUCGGGUGCAGCCACCUCUACCACGUGGCUACUUUGGCAACGCCACUAUUAAUGUGGUCGCAAGAAGCACCUCAGGUGAACUCACAUCGAAUGGGUUGGGUUUCGCGGCGGAAAAAAUCAGUGAAGCCAUAAAGAGUGUGACAAACGAAUACGUAAUGACCGGGAUAGAGUAUCUAAAAAACCACGAAGAUCUGAAGACAUUUCAAGAUAUACAUGCCUUGGGAAGCACGGAAGGUCCAUUCUACGGUAACCCUAAUCUUGGACUAGUGAGCUGGUUAACUCUUCCAAUGUACGGCCUUGAUUUCGGGUGGGGCAAGGAGGUCCACAUGGGACCAUGCACGCAUGACGGCGACGGGGGCUCUCUGCUGUUGCCUGAUAAAAAUGAUGAUGGCUCACUGAUUCUCGCCACGUGUCUACAGGUAGCUCACAUGGAGACCUUCAAGAAACACUUAUAUGAAGAUUUCUAG